GCCAUGGACCCCAAUAACCUCUGACCCCGGAAGAUGAUCCGGCUGGUGACGUUGUUUGAAAUAUGGCGGCGAUGAGGACGUCUGCUGUUCGGAGUUGGAGCCUUCUUCAGUGGGUUUUGUUGUUGACAACUGUUCGAUGCCGAAUCCAUCAUCUGAUCUUGAAGGAUGAUGUUAGACAGAAGGUCCACUUAAACACAUUUGGUUUUUUCAAGAAUGGAAAUAUGUCUGUGGAAAUGACCAGCUUAAUUUCUAAGGAUUUUGACUUCAAACUUGUUGAAAAUACUGCGUUGGGGCUAAGCUUGGACCGAAGCAAGAAUGAUGGUUUCUCGUCCUAUUUGGAAGAUGAAAUUGAUUUCUGCUUUUUGAAGAAAAAGCCGUCAGCUGAUACACCUGUCACACUUUUCCUUUUUGACUUUAAAGCACAACGUAUUACAGUUACGACAUCGGGCAGCAAUCAGCCAUCAGUCAGUGAUGCUGGGACCACAAGUAGACAAAAGGUCAAAGUCAGUAAAACGAAUGCAAAUACCCAGGGAAAGCGUAACAUGAAUGUAACAGCAGAUCACCCUGACGAAGUUCAGAAAGACAAACCAAAAUCUCCGGAUAAUACAGGUGAACCGAAGGCAGCGAGGAAAACAAUCUCACUACGGAAAAAUAAUGCAUCGUAUUCAUUCAUGUUCUCAUUUACCAUCAAUACUGAUGAAGAACAAGGACUUUAUAGUCUCUACUUUCAUAAUUGCUACAGCAACAAAACAGCAUCUCUUCGGUCUUUCAAAUUUGACAUGGAUAUUACAAUAGUGGAAUACAACCCCGGCAGCUACUUGUCUGCAGGGGAGAUCCCGCUCCCCAAGCUCUACAUCUCUAUGGCUUUCUUCUUCUUUUUGGCUGGAGUUAUCUGGGUUUAUAUUCUCCGAAAACGCAGCAAUGAUGUGUUCAAGAUCCACUGGCUGAUGGGUGCGCUAGCAUUUACAAAGUCCCUUUCGUUGGUUUUCCAUGCAAUUGAUUAUCACUUUAUUUCAACUCAGGGUUACCCUAUCGAGGGUUGGGCUGUGGUGUACUACAUAACACAUUUGUUGAAAGGCGCCCUGUUGUUCAUUACGAUUGCACUGAUAGGAACUGGCUGGGCCUUUGUUAAACACAUCCUAUCAGAUAAAGACAAGAAAAUCUUUAUGAUAGUUAUUCCACUCCAGGUACUUGCCAAUGUUGCUUACAUCAUAAUCGAGUCUACAGAAGAAGGGACAACUGAAUAUGGACUGUGGAAGGAGAUCCUCUUCCUUGUAGACCUCUUGUGUUGUGGUGCUAUUCUCUUCCCUGUGGUGUGGUCAAUUAGACAUUUGCAAGAGGCGUCAGCAACUGAUGGAAAAGCUGCCAUUAAUUUGGCGAAACUAAUGCUCUUCAGACAUUACUAUGUCAUGAUUGUGUGUUAUAUUUAUUUUACGCGAAUCAUUGCAAUCCUGAUCAAAAUUAUCGUACCUUUCCAGUGGAAGUGGCUGUAUCAGUUCCUAGAUGAACUCGCCACACUUGUAUUUUUCUGUUUGACGGGAUACAAGUUUCGACCAGCUUCAGAUAAUCCCUACCUUCAACUAUCUCAGAAUGAGGAGGAUGUCGAGAUGGACGAAGUAGUAACUACAAUUGGAAUGAUGGAAGGAAUAAAAAAAGUUAACCAGUCAUCGAAUGGCUCCACAGAACAGAGAGCAGAACUGGAACGAGUGGCAUGAUGGGCCUUGGAGAGUAACCUUUUCAUCCUUCUCACCUUGGAAUGGAAUAUGUGGCAAAAGCACUUGAUUCAGGGUUUGAGGAAGUGCUUCUGCACGAAAUGAUACUUGGUAUAUUGUUAUGAAAGAAACAAUAUUCCUGUAAAAUCUUUGCUGUUUUUCAAUCAUCUGAUGAGCAGUUUGCUGCUGGUACUGAUCAUCCUUGCCCUGUAAGCCAGUUUAGCACUCUCAGACCUCAAGGCUAUUUCCUCGUUAUGAGGCUUUUAAGCUUGCUUAAUUAAUUUCGAUUGUGAGUUUCUUCUGAUUCACAGUGUUGGCUGUAAAUCUGUCGAUUUUUACAAGCUUUUACCAUUGUCCUGUAGGAUCUUUAAGACUGAAGGCUCAUCUCAAGCAAGUCUGUGGUUAUCAAUACAAGCUUCCAGCUGCAGAAUUUAAGUUAUGUUUAUACUAAAUAUGAUUCUGCUGAGCUGGUUUCACUGCACAGAAUGAGUUAAAUUAACAGGAGGUCAUUGCCUGCAGCAAAGGGAAGGAUGAGUCAUGUGCUAAGUUUCAAGUUAAACUUGGGAGAUGAGCCUAACACGACUUUACCUUUCCUCUCAGGUAAAAGGGAUUUGCAGCCCACAGCCUGUUUAGUAGAAAUAAUUAUUUUUAUUUUGAGCACCUCAACAUUAUAAUUCAAAAAUAAAAAAAUAUAAGUUGAUUCACAAUGAAGGGUACUGAUCAAGAAAUUCCUGGAUUGAAGAUGUAAUUAUUUUUUUCCCAAGCUGAUUCAUGUUCUGCAUGCCAUGACAGUGGCUCAAAUGCACCAUGAAUGGUCCAUACGUUUUUAGCUCAUCUUGGGCAGGGCUACAGUUACCAAAGGGAAAUCUAGCCCAGCAUGCACCAUCUGGGAAGAAGGGAAAUUCUAGCAUUUCUAUCUUUGUGCUUUGCUUUGGAUUUGGAUUUUCAGCAUCUGCAGAUUUUCUUGUGUUUGUGAUUUUUAAUUCUCGUAACUUUCCAAUGGCUCCAAUUGGAAAGAGUGCAUAUGUAGAUUUAACUGGUAAAAAUUACCUCAUACAUUAAUCGCCCACACCAUUAUGAAACUCUGAACGACAGUACUAAUAGAUUCCUUUAUGAGAAGAGCAAGUAUUUGUUAUAACAAUACUAUCGCUGGAACCAAUAUACCCACCUUAGCAGUAUGGUAAGAUGAGUUAAUAUUCAAGAGAUGAGUCAUUCUUAAGGAAUUUAAGGAUAGCUAGUCUAAAUUAAUAUUUAUCUAGAAUUUUUUUUGUUAGUUUCUCCUGAAAAUUGAAUUUCCUGCAGUUUGUGACUCAGAGUCUCCACUCCUUCAGGUACUUGGCUGAUUUGUUGGUGUAACUGUGUAGUCCUUGGAUUAACAAGCUGUGUGUAGGAGUAUCAUCGUGAGGCACAGUUGUCACAAGUGUGCUGUAGAAAGUGGUGUGGGCUCGUUAGAUCCCAUCAUUUGGGAAAGAGUUCCAUCUCUGAAAGCUUUAUCAAUCAUAUGGUGAAAGCCUCAUGAUACAGGCUACAAAUUUAAGGUCAGAAGUGAUGCUAUGAUACUAACAAAUUCAUGUUGUGUUUUAAAUAUUUAUAAUUGCAUAAUUUUAUCAUCUUUGCUCAUUGCACUGCUUUCUCACAUUCAUCUUGCCAGUGCACAGCAGCGAGCUUUCUUUUUGAUUUAAUCAAUCUCUUUUGGCUUUCAAGCUUGUGCCAACUUCUCCUCUACUUCGCAAUUUCUGGGUGAUGCAGCAGAUGUCAGAAACUUGCUUUCUUUAAUUGGAGAAAGCAAGUUUGACUCCACCUGUUACCACUCUGUUGCAGUACAUCAGUCCAGACUUUCUUUAGUGAAUGAUUUUAUCACAGAAUUUAUUCAAAUUGUAUUUGGCAAAAGCUUUUCUUAUUUCCUACAAAGAACACACUACUUGUUAUUAAUGCUUUUUUGCUCUCUUCACCCCUCUUUCCAACUCAAAAUAGAUUUGAUGUUAAUAAGUUCUGCUUAAUUAUACAUCUGUGUUUUGCAUGCAACUUCCCCCCUCCACCAUCUUUGGCCUUCUCUAAAAAAUACAAUGCACACUCACUUUCUCAGCAUAGACUGCUUAUAAAGUUAUAAGGAGCCAUUUUGUGAAGUUUGACCAGUCCAAUAUUAUGGAUUCUGGUCACCUACCAGUAAUCAGCCAUCUUAUACAGUCAGCAAGUGUUUUAAAUCUCUGAUGGGCUUGAAGGGAUAAUAACCAGGUGUCACUAGAUCAAACACUGAUGGAUACACAUUCAAAAGCGAAUACAUAAACGGCAGCAAAGGUUUAAGUUGAGAAAAAGAUGAAUUUACAAAUAAACUCUUCUCAGGCUUCCAUACAGGUACAGGUAUUGAUUUUAACUGAGAUUUCAAAGACAAACUCCACCAUCUUCAUCAGAGAUGAUGAUGAAGAUGGCAAAGUUUGUCAUCAAAUCUUUAGUUAAAAUCGAUACCUGUACUUCGCUGGAACCUCAAAAAGAGUUGUCAUAUAUACCAGGAAAGCACUAGCUCCUUUUUUUUAAAGAUGAAUUUGGUUUAAUUGUUAUAUCAUCUUGGAUCAUGAGAAAGCAUUUUGAUGGACGGCAGUGUUAAGGGUUUUUUUACUCAAGGAAGAAACAAAUUCUUGACUUAAAGAUUAUUGCUAUGAUUCGUUGGGUUUGAUUUUGAUUUGUUGGCUGUUGUAUAUGUUAUAUUCUUGUAUAUUGCAAAUAUUGUUGGGUCAUUGUUUACAUUUGGUGCUAUCUUCUGACUGAAGAACAUCUGAUAACGUGAAUGAAACUAAACUGGAUGAGGCAAAUAUAAAAAUAGUUGAAAUGUAUUCCACAAAAACAGCUGCACCUCACGUCCUGCUGGCCUUGAUUUAGUUUAAAAAAAAAUCAAAAAUAACAGAUUUGUUUAGAACAGUUGGAGAUUGUUAUAUGUAGAAUGAAAUGAUUUUUGGAAUGGUGAAAUGAGAUCCAUGUUGGUAGUGUGGGUAAAAAUUUUUUCCCUUAGCUGAAAUAAAGGGAAGAAAAGAGUAUUUUUCCAUCAUAAUAAUAAUUCUUAGGAAAAAAUUGAAUAAAUUUAUCUGAUGUGUUAAUUUAAGAGGCACACUUGCACUUAGUUAUCGUGAGUUAGGAAUGUGGAAACCAGCUGAGGUUUCUGUUAGAGCAUGUGUACAUGCGUGCCCACUUGUUUGUGAGUGUUAACACAGGAUUGUUUCUGAUUUAGUUCAAAAAGAACUGAGCAAAUGAGCAAAAGAAAAUGAAAACUAAGUGGUAGACAUAUCCAGCAGGUCAGGCAGCAUCUAUGAAGACAGAGAGUGUUGAUGUUAACUAUUUCUCCACACACGCUGCUUGAUCACCCAGAUGUUUCCAACACUUUCUGUAUUUAGGACUCAUUUCACAACACCUGGCUUUUCAGAAUCAUUAUGCUUAUCAUUGAUUUAAUAGGUUUCUGUCUAUAUGCUCUUGAAGAUUAACUACCAGUAACUUGUAUAGCUGGUUGACCCUGGAGCUGUGAUUAUAGUUUCACAAGUUAGUUCCAGAAAGAUAAGCAAGUUGAGGGAGUGAGAUGGAUAGACGGCUGACAAGCUGCUUACAUUAUUAAACUGUACACCAUUUUUUUGGGAAGCACACUGAAAAACCAAAUGAUUGUUGCAUUGCUGCCUGCAGCCAUGUCAACUUGUAAAUAUAUUUAUAAAGCAUUAAUGAUUAGAUACUCUGUAGGCUUCAGGGUUGAGUAGCAUUGAGUAGUGAAUAACCUAUUUGUAAAUGGUGUAAAUUUUUACUGUUAAUAUUUAAUUUGGAUGUUGUGAUUUUUCUUUAUUCAGUUCUAGAAGUGUUUGAGUAAUCCAUUUUCUUUGAAGGCUUCUUCAACUUUUUUACCUUAGCUUAAUUGCUUCCACACUUGUACCUGCAUUAUUUAGUGGCUUUCAAGGCAAUUCACGAUGAAUGAACAAAUUUGAGGUCUGUCAGAUACCAGGCUAAAGCAGUACAUAACUUUUUUGAUCGGUUUGUAGAGAAUUCUAUAGACUUUAUCUAUUUAAUAAACAGUAAUUAUUUCACUUUACUUUACAGCUAAUUUCUGCAAGAUAUUUGUUUGUCCCUCCAACAUGUAAUGAUGAGAAACACUCUAGUCAUCCGCAAUUUGUAGGGGCUGGACUGGUCUGUGGGUAUGCCAGCGGCUGGAGAGGCCAAUCCACACUUGAAAAGCUCUUUGGGAGCAUGGACAAAAGAUGGCAGCCUUGCUGGAUUGGAGGUUGCUGGCUUGGGCUUUCCUGCCCAGCCUAUGUAAUUGUCCUUUCUGCCUCAGGUGUCACUGCACCAUUAUGGAGAGAGGAGCACCACUCAAUCUGAUCCUAGGCGAUAUGCUCCCAUGUGUCUGGGUUGAUGUCAAAGGCUUUUAAUGAAGCUUUCAGGGUGUCUUUAUAGUGUUUCCUUUGGCCACCACAGGAAGACUUACCUUUUUGUAGUCCAGUGUAAGCCAGUCUCUUUGGCGUCUGAUGGGAAAUGGUUUAGGGUCAUGGCAUUCCCUUAUUACACUGUCCAUGCUUUGCAGGAGUAAAGCAGAGUGGGAAGUACAAUGGCCUGAUACACCUUCAGCUUCAUCUGUGGACUUGCGCCUCUUUUCUUCCAGGUGUUGUUAGAAAGUUGCUAUGGCAAUCCUGGCGUUUACUUCGUCAUCAAUGACGAUGCUCUGCGACAGUGAGCUGCUAAGAUAUGUGAAUCUGUUCAAUAGUUUAAGUCUUUGAACAUCGACUGUGAUGUUUGGCUCAGUCCAUGAUUUCUGUAGAAGUAGCUGAUGUGUUACUUCAGUCGUUUUGGUAUAGAUGGUAGGCCCAAAGUUGGUAGAUGCAUCAGAAAACUUGUUGACAUAGCGUUGCAUAUCAUCUUUUGAACCAGCAUUGAGAGCACAUUCAUCAGCAAAAAGGAAGUCCCUAACAUAACAGUUUUUGCUUGGAGCUUCCUGAGGUUGAACAGUUUCCCCUCAGAAUCUGAUGCCAAGAUGCCAAUGUCAAUAUCGCUGAAGAUAUCAGUCAACAUGGUGGAAAACACUAGACUGAAUAGCAUUAGUACCAAGAUGUAGCCCUAUUUAACCCCGUUUGAGACAGGAAAUGGCUCAGAUGUCUCACCAUUGUCCUGAACUCUAGCUUGCAUGCCAUCAUGGAAUUGCUGCACCAUGGUGAUGAAUGUUCUUGGGCAUCCAUACUUUUGCCAUGAUCUUCCCUCUCUGCUAACAGUGUUGAAGGCUUUAGUCAGAUCGACAUAGCUGCAAAACACAUCAGCGUUUUGUUCCUGACAUUUCUCUUGCUGCUGCCUUGCAACAAACACCAUGUUGGUAGUUCCACAAUCUUCCCAGAAUCCACACUGGCUCUCUGUGAUGUAUUUCAACCGCUGUGAUCGGGUCUGCACCAGUGCAGUAAACUGGCCAGGGAAAGAAUAGAGUAGGCAAUGUUUAGGGCACUUUUUCUGGCCCCUUCCUCAUAGCAUGGUGGUAAGCAAUACAUCCCUGAAAAGAGCUGCUCAGUCGCUCUGGUGGCUGCCGAAAGCCACCGCUACUCCAUGUCAGUAGGUAACAACCCAAUGGCUUAAGCUGCAAGUGUGCAGGUUUACGGCUACAGCUGCCAGCCUACCCACACCUGACCGUUAGUUUGGGAUGGAAAGAUGGAUGACAAGAGUGACUUGCACAAAGACUUAGUUUAAAGUGAGGAAGAGUUGCGCAGGAUCAACCUCUCUCACUCAUCCAAGACUAUCUGUAUCCAGUGACAAGACAGUUAGGACAUCUAGGGAUGGAGUCAGAUGCAGUGGAACACUGUGAUAUCCUUGGUGCCUUUUCCCUGCAAGGUGCACAACAGUAUUACUUAGCAUUUUGAACUGUGAAGAUGGUAAGAUGUAUGGAGAGAGAUUUUACUAACAUAUAUUUCAGAGGGAAUAUCAAUAGUUUUUGAAAACAAAAUCAUCACUUGCUGCAGUUCAAUAGUAUUGAAGCACCAUUGGUAAUUACAGAGCUUAACAAGCAAGUAGGCAAAUCUUGUUUUUGAAGUGGUAAGAACACACUUCAGGGUUUUGGCUAAUUCUAUUAAUCAGCUGCUUCACACUUUCUCUUGGUGUGGUGAUUUUUGGCUGAAGGAGAUAAAUGGACAAGUAGGUUGAUUAAAGAGUGAAUUACAGAUUUUUGAAUAAAGUGUUCAGUCUCAGAAAUUGUUGUGGAAUUCUAAGCUCCAAGGUUGACAUGCUACUGCUGCUGUAUGAUCCUUUGUCUUUCAUGUACUUAAUAAUCUUUCAAUUAAAGUUAACAAAAAAGAUUCUUGAGGGAUAAUAUUAGCAUUGAAAUACAUGAUUGAGUUGCAAUUUUCACAUAAUUGCACACCGUGAGUUUGAACCUUAAAAACAAAAACAUUAUGUAGUGACAACGUUAAGUACUUCUUUCCUAUAUAAAGUGUUCCCCCAUUGUGCAAUCAAUUGAUUGAAGCCAAAAUUGGAAUUUUCCACGUCACAGCAGUAUUUCAAAAACAUUUUACAAGACAAAUUGACAUUCUUGUUGUUGCAAUUUUGCAGCAUUUUUGAAUACUUGGAACUGACCUCUGGAUGAUCUUCAUGACAACGCAAAAAGAAAACACUGCUAUGACUGGAGAUGGGAAUUAAAAUCAAAAUGCAGGAUAUAGUCAGCAGGGAUCAUUUGUAGAGAGAGAAAAAGCAGUGUAAUGUUUCAGGGUGAUGACCUUCCAUCAGAACAGAUCUGAUUAAAAGUAAUUGGCCUGAAACAUUAGUCGAUUUUCUCUCUCUAGUACGCUAGCUGACCUGUUGAGUAGUUCCAUUAUUUGAUCACAGAUGUAACCAUUAGUAAUGGUACAGGAAUGGUAUUUCCACAGUCUCAGUUACUGCUAAAUCUAGUAGAGAUAUAAGAUUCCAGACAAAUAAGUUUUAAAUACUUUGAUACUGUUCAGAUCUGAUAUAGCAAACAGGAUUGAUGAUUUUUUUAAAAUCUCUUCUAUAAUUCCUGACUUUGUUCUAAACUGUGACAAUGCAAUGUAUCAUAAUGCAGCUUUAAUAUUAUUGUUACUGUCUGUUGCAGACAACAAGUAGAAGAAGCCAAUUGUUGUCUUAAAAAUAAUAGAUGCCAAUAAUUUGUGUGGAGAGCUCUGCUAGGAAGACUGCCCAUUAAUGGAAUCAAGAAUGGUUUUCUGGGAUUGUAGAUGAGUGAGAUUGAUUUAGCCAUGUAUCUAUUCUGUUUGUCAGGUGAUCUAGUUCAGUACAGCAGAACUGAUUAUGCUUACAUAAAAAAACAUUAGAGUAUUCUGACAAAAUAUCUCUAGCAGAUGUAUUAGUCACUCCAUGUAUUGCAAAGUAUGCUAAAAGCAGUAUUAGCUUUAUUUUACGAUGAUACCUCUUGUGGUUCACACGUGGAGACAAGCAUAUGAAAUAUGUUCAGCUGAGUGACCUGAACAGAAGAUUGAAUCAUAUUCCAACAAGACAAGAUGAUUUCAACUGAAUGGGAAAAAAAUAUUUUGUGGAAAACAUUGUUGCUUUCCUGCAUAUCUGUUCAAACUCUAAGCUCCAGAAAAUGUUUGUGCAAUAAAAAAUGGCUGGGCAACUGUUUGAAAAUCCUGAACCUGAUUGCUUAUAGGGUUAUUUUAAUUUGAGCAUGACAGGAGCUAAGGGAAGGUAAGCAUGAUAAGAAUAAUUAACUUUGUAGCUUCAUUGUAAAAUGGAACAAAUGUCGAGUUUCGCAGAAUUAGAUCAGUUGAUAUGGCACCGGUAACAUUACAGAAUUAAAUCAUGCCAUUAUGGUGAUUAGAGGAAAGCAACAAGGGAUUUGGUUUCUGUAAACACAUUUCUUCAUUUAAAAGAAAGUGUUCAGUAAAAAGGAAAAUUUAGCUUUUCACUGCAUAAUCAAUCUUUUCACAUUAACAUAUAGGUACUUUCCUCUGUGGAUAUCCAUUUAGAAGGAUUGCAGUGACCUAUUAGAAUUCUGAUAAUAUUUUAUUAAGGAAUAUCUGUAUGUUAUAGAAUGUAUGAGGGCAUUUUCAAACUAAUAGAUUGCUUUGUUUCAGUAAAGAUCUCUUGUAUUUUAAUAGUCCAGAAUAACUGCAUGUUCUAAUAUCUAUAGGGACCUUUAUGAACACUAAUUAUAAUAAUAAUAACUUUAUUUACAUAGCACCUUUCAUUCAUUAAGAUGUAGCUCAAAAAUGCUUUACAAAGAUUGUAAAGCUAAAUCAAUGUAGUCAUAAAAAUACAAGAGAAACUUAAACAUAAGACAAACAUUAUAUAUUGUAGAAUAAAAUGUAGUCAAAUAUGUCGAAUAGUAUAAAAGUAAUCAACAUCAACAGGCAUUAAGUAAUCCUAUAAGUAGGCCAAAUUAUAAAAGUAGGUUCUUAGAAGUGUUUUGAAACAAUUCACAGUACUUUCCCUGGUGUAUCUCAGUUAGCAGAGUAUUCCAGAUUUUUGGUGCGUAAGAGCAAAAGGCCACAUCAACAGUUCUUCUAUGCUUGGUUCUAGGAACACUAAGCAUGGAUCUAAGAUUGUGGAUAGGGAUGUAAGGGGAUUGACACUCCAAAAUAUAUGGAGGAACUAGAUUAUUCAGAACCUUGUAUACAAUUAAUAGUAUUUUAAAGUUGAUAAAAAAGGAUACAAACAGCCACUGUAAUAAUGCCAAAGCUGGUGAAAUAUGUUCAUAUUUUCUACUUGUGGUUAAGAUUCUCGCUGCUGUAUUUUGAACAAGUUGCAGUCGAUUUAUAUCUUUCUUAGGUAGUCCUGAAAAGAACCAUCCUAUUACUCCUAAGUAUUCAGUAAUCUGUUACGCAGAGUCAGAGUCCUAAACAGUGUCUUAUUCCCAAUUGCAAUGUAGAAAAGCAGGUCUAUCAAGUACCACAGGAAGAGAAUACGAGCUGAUAUUUGCCUAUAAACUCAGGGGCACUAAGAGUUAUCAAAAGAAAGAUGAUGAUCAUCUGUAAAACAUUAUGUGGUAACAACAUACGGUUUACAGAAUUAUAAGAAGUGCAUAAUUUAGCAUGUUCACUAAUUUCUUCCUAUCCAUGUUCGCAAUAUGUCCUAUGUGUCAGAUCAGAAAAAAUCGAGUCAAGGAUUGUUUUCAUUACCAGUUCCAAUGAAAACUUCAAAUGUGAAACGGCCACAGAUAAAUAUUUAUUAUAUAGUAAAAAUGCUGCUCCUACAGAUUUCUUGUUAGUUAUAAUUAGAAGUUUGUUGCUUGGCAUGAAAUUUCCUGCUUCCAAAUAUACAGAUCAGUAAGUGACAUUUGUGCUUAAUUUCACCUAAUCCAGAUUUGACAUUUUUAAAUGUCCUGAGAAGAAUCUUUUCACUCUCCUGAGCCCAUCAGUUGUCUCAGUCAGCAAGUUCCUUUCGCCGUUGUUGGUUGGAAGAGACUUGGUAGAACUUCCUUUGUGUUCAGUUUUCAUAAAUGUGUGCAAUGUUAUUUUUGGUUUCUACCUCAGUGAUGGAUGAAUCAUCGGUUAUUUAUUUCAUUCUAAUUGCAAAUGGAGUUUGCCUCUAACAAGGAAAUAUGGAGUGUCCAUAAAAUUAAUUUGUUGUGUGUUGUUUAUGAUGAUUCCCUGUAGACCAGUUUGUUCUUCAGUGCAAAAUGUGGAACUUUGAUCUGGACUGCCCAUAAAACAUGGUGUUUUAAAAGAGAAAAGUUAAGUUUUCAAGUGGGAGGCACAUGGUACUCAUGAAGAUUGUCUUCCUCUAAAAGAUUUUAAGUAGAAAUGUGGGCAACUAUUUAAAUUGUAUUUUAAUAGGUUUCCUUUACUGCCAUGACGCUUUGCAAAUUAAGGCAAAUUAUAUUGAUUGUGAGCCCCAAUUAUACUUCAGUAACCUCAUUCAUAAUGUUAAGUCAUUUUUCUCUCCCUCUUAAUGAGUUGUAUCUGUGUAAAGGAGACAAUGUUUUGUUUAGAAAUAAAUGGUAAGUCUGUAGUCUGUCUAAAUUAUUAUUCCCCAUAAAUUAAGUUUGCUUGCUCGUUGGACUAUAUGACAAAUGUGGCUCCAAAACAUUUCUCCAGAGGGAGAGCAGGAAACUUCUGAGCUACCUAAGGUCUACAACCGUGUGCUUUUAAUUGAGGAUGGCAUUUUAUAAUGUAUCUUUCAUUUGCAAGGAUGGGUGGGAAGGGAGGGAACAUAUAUACGAAGUGUACAGAAUGCUUUAUUUUUCAGGAACUAGUGGGGCUUAAGUUGUUAAAUCUUUUUUUUUUGCUUUUCAAUACUCUAAAAUUUAAGCUGAGUGAAGGGAGGUGACCUUUUCAAGUGUACAAUAGCACUCCAGAGCCUAGCUCCACAACCAUAGGAUUUCCAGGUUUACCAUCAAUGUAAAUCUUACAUACUUUACUGUAAUACGAUUUCUUAUGUAAAUACUUGGCUUAAAUUGAGCUAUUGCUAAAAUAUGACCAAGCCUGCUUUUUUAUUAAAUCAUUGUGGGCUAUGGAGAUGCUUAUUAAUUUUAGACAGUGAGAACUGUAAUCAACAAACUGUUGGUGUUCUUCAAUGGAUUUAAGUUGUUGUCAGCAUCUCUCCUCCUCCCCUUGGAACAUACCAAUUAGAAUCGAAAGGACAGAUUGGACCUACAUUUCUUCAGAAUUCAGCAAAUGAGUGGCAAAGAAUGACUCUGGCUUUAAUAUCCCUGUCUUUGAAAUUGCAUGCCUGCUGUUCCAAGGUUUUCAAAGCCAAUGUGAUUGAUAUUCAGACUGCACUAAAUGAAAGCAAAGUAAAUGCAUAUUGAUUAAACCUUUGAAUGUUUGAAGUAAAAUGGUUUAGGCCCAUAGUACAUCACCAGAAUUUGCAAAGCCCAGAAUGGUUCCACAUCAUACUGAACUUAAAUAUGUAGUCAACGUCUUGCACAGCACAGUCAAUUAUCCUGUGCUUCAUUGAAUUGAACCAUCGGUGAACAAAAGAACAGUUGUGUCCUUUUGUAAGAUCAUGCUGUGGUUUGUUUUCAGUCUGACUCUGAAUUUACAUAAAUUAAUGUUGAACAUUUUUAAUUGCUAAAUUUGUCAUGUGCAUGGUUUUCAAAUAUGGUUUAAAAAAUGGAGUUGAUGGGGCAACUCCUCUGCCUACUACAAUAUCAAUGCUUAGAUCUUCUUUGGGGGUCUGUAGAGAAGUGAUCUCCUCAACCAGGAUGCAAAGGAAACAAAUUGCCUGCUUUCCCAAACAGUACUUUACAAAUCCCUGUUGUUUGUAGAACAACCAAGUCAGAGAUCAGGACAUGUAACCUGGUGUGUAAUUCACAGCAGAAUGAUAGAAAGAAAGGGAAAGCAAACAUUUAUAUUCCAAGAUUAUGGAUAUAUUAUCUGAACAGAUUGCUCACUUGAGUUCAGCGUGCAAAUUGAUGAAAUUCCGCUUAUGGGCAGUACUGAUAUUUUCCUUUGAAAUGCGGAAAAAAUGUAAUGCAUUUGCUGCCAUUUGUCAUUUUGCAAAAAUACAUUGUGAGAAGGACACUUGCAGACCUUUGAAUCUGUGUACAGACAAUGGGUUUAUGUAUGUAAUAUUUUACCAUUUCUUUGAUAAUUAGUUAUCAAAUCAACUGGCUUGAUGACCAAAUAAUGUUGGUGUUUGUUAAAUAUUCAAAUAGGUAUGUAUGUUUUUAUUUUAUAAAUUUGAUUUGAUAGAAUUUAGGAGCAUCUGUAAAAUGUCCACAGAGUGAACUGUAUUUCUGGAUUGUACUAAUAAAUGUGAGUGAUUUGGAAACUUC